UUCCUCGACAAUGGUAUUUGUUGCUGCAAUAUGUGGAUGAUAUUCUGAUUGCUGCUGAGACCCAAGAACUUUGCAUUCAGGUAACAAUUGAAAUAUUGAAUAAAUUGGGAAUGAAUAGAUAUAAAGUGUCAAAAAAUAAAGCUCAGAUUGCAUCCACAACUGUGAUCUAUCUAGGAUGCGAGCUUUCUCAAGGACAGCGAAGACUGGGUAUAAACCGUGUGCAUGCUAUCUGUGCGAUCUCAGAACCGCGUAACUUACAUGAAUUAAGAUCUUUUCUAGGAAUGGCAGGAUGGUGCAGGCUCUGGAUCAUGGACUAUGGACUUAUUGCCAAACCUUUAUACGAGGCACAGAAGAAUAAGACCUUGGUGUGGAAAAAACCACAACAGGAAGCUUUUCAAAAGUUGAAACAGGCUUUAAUGCAAGUGCCUGCUUUGGGCCUACCUGAUCUGAGUAAAGACUUUCAGUUAUUUGUACAUGAACGACAGAGACUUGCUCUAGGGGUAUUAACCCAAUGGCUGGGAUCUUGGAAAAGGCCUGUAGGUUAUUUCUCUAAACAACUUGACCCGGUAAGUGCUGGAUGGCCGAAGUGCUUGCUGGCGGUGGCUGCUACCGUGAUAUUAAUUCAGGAAUUCCGGAAACUGACUAUGGGGAAAAAGAUCGAAGUGUUUGUAUCCCAUAUGGUGACUACUGUAUUGGAACAAAAGGGGGGUCAUUGGCUUUCCCCAAGUAGGAUGAUGAAAUAUCAGGCAAUUUUGACAGAGCAGGAUGAUGUUAUCCUAAAAACAACUAACCUAAUGAAUCCAGCUGUGUUUUUAAGCGCAGAGACUGAAGAAGAAAAUCUGGAACAUGAUUGUGUGGAGGUCAUUGAAUAUACCCAUGCAAGUCGACCUGACCUGAAAGAUACCCCAUUGGAGGAGACGGAUUGGGAGCUUUUUACUGAUGGCAGUAGUUUUGUGGAAAGCGGAGUGCGGUAUGCAGGAUACGCGAUUACUACUGCCAAAACAAUAAUUGAAGCUAAAUCCCUACCACCAAACACAUCAGCACAGAAAGCUGAGUUGAUAGUCCUAACUAGGGCAUUAGAGCUCAGUGAAGACAAAAAGGUCAAUAUUUGGACUGACUCAAAAUAUGCAUUCGGGGUUGUUCAUGUACAUGGAGCUCUUUGGAAAGAGCGUGGACUGCUCUCCUUCCAAGGAACAAACAUCAAGUACCAAAAAGAAAUAUUGAACUUGAUUAAUGCCGUUCAAAAGCCAUCACUAGUUGCCAUCAUGCACUGUAAAGCUCAUCAGAGUGGGACAUCGAAAAUUAUUGAAGGAAAUCGACUUGCUGAUCAGACAGCCCAAUCAGUGGCACGACGAGUCUGGAUGAUGGUGGGUCUCGUCUCCCAGAAGGACAUUGAAUCGACUCAGAUCCGUAUUAGUGUGGAAUCGCCCACUAGCACUUGA